AUGCCAUCCACAUUAGUUCAUUCCGUCCAACAAAAGUUGAAUCUCCGGGCGUAUGAGGGUACUAUUGAGAAUUUGAAGAGCUUGAAGCCUUUCACACCGGACACCCCGCUCGCGGUGAAAAGCCUCAUUGGCCGGAACUUGGUCAACAAGUGCCGUCGGGACUACCUGGGGUUUGUUCACCAGGGAUCUGGCGUGUUGAAGCCCGGCACUAUUCCCCAAGACAGUCUCAAAGAUGAAGGACCUUUCGUCGAGAACACGGUGGAAAGCCAUGUCGCACCGUUUUGUCUGAAUUUCAAGGACGAAAUUGCCAAGCAAAUGGAAGCUUUUUACUUACCUCGCUCACUGUUGCAGUGCACAGUUCCUGGCGCAGAAUCAACACCGGUCCACUAUACCCAGAUCUUCCUCAGGUCCGGCCCCCCAACCAGUGUCACCGCUUGGGUGCCUAUCGGUGAUAUCGAGAAGGACGGAGAGUUUACGUGCCUCAGCAUAGACUUGAGUGAAGAGAAAAAGGUAUCUCAUGUUAAUCGAAACAUGAAUGCGGGAGGCUGGUUAGACAGGAAUUCGUCGCAGUUCGGGAAAAACUGGGGCCGGAACUGGCUCGUGGGUGAAUAUGGAGCUGGAGAUGUUGUUUUCCACAACCCACACAUGAUCCAUGCUGGGCCCAUCAACGAGUUGCCCAAGGGUCGGAUUCGAGUAUCAACUGAUCUACGGUGUGUCGACACAUCGAAGCCCUUUGAGGAACGAUGGACUUUUCCUGCCUUCAGUGAAAGCGAUCCUAACCUGGCGCACAAACUGAAGCUGUCCGCCUAA